CCAUUAUAUACUCAAAACAAAAACAAAGCCUUCUUCUGUUCUUGCAACAAACUUACAAUGGCCCCUAAUCUCUCUCUUCUUUUAGGAGCUUUCCUUCUCCUCCUCGUCGCGGUUCAGUCUAAAAACCACACGAAACCACCCGAAAAAGGCUUCAAGUUCCUCCAGCACUUGCAGGGAUGCCACAAGGGGCAGACAGUGAAAGGCCUUCACGAGCUCAAACGCUAUCUCGAGAAAUUCGGCUACUUGAACUAUGGCACUACUAAUAACCAUCAUCAUUCAAAGAGUACGGCUACAAUUAGCAAUCUCAACCAUGCAAACGACGACAUGUUCGACGACAUUCUAGAGUCUGCAGUGAGAUCAUACCAAUCAUAUUAUCACUUGAAGGUCACCGGGAGCCUAGACUCCGAAACCGUUCAGCAAAUGAUUCUCCCUAGAUGUGGCGUGGCUGAUGUUGUCAACAAUGCAACAAAUAUGAAACACCCCCGACUUUUCAACAUGGUUGCUCAGUACUCAUUUUUCCCGGGAAAGCCGAGGUGGCCUGCAUCAAAAACCCGUCUCACUUAUAGCUUCCAAUCCAGUGCACAGGUUGUGGGAUUGCAAGAACUGAGGUCGGUGUGCUCGCGAGCUUUUAAAAAAUGGCAAGAUGUGAGCCGAUUCACGUUUGUGGAAGCUCCGCAGGGUGCAGACGGGGACAUUGUUAUCGGUUUCCAUCGCGGUAAUCAUGGCGAUGGAUAUCCAUUUGAUGGUCCCGGUCGGACAUUUGCUCAUGCGUUUGCACCAACAAGAGGAUGGUUCCACUAUGAUGCUGAUGAGAAUUGGAGUAGUAAUCCGAACAUGAACCAAGUGGACUUGGAAUCACUUGCAGUUCAUGAGAUAGGGCAUGUUCUUGGGCUUGGACACAGUGAAGAUCUGAAUGCCAUUAUGUAUGCAUAUUUUUCUUAUGGAACUAUCAAGAGGGAUCUGAAUGCUAAUGAUAUAGAAGGGAUACGCGUCUUGUACUCUUCUUGAGUACAUGCUAAAACCAGGUUAAUUAGCAUAUAUAUAUAUAUAUAUAUAUAUAUAGGCCUAUGGCUUUUUGUUUUAUGUUAUUAUGAGAAAAAGAAAAUAAGUGAAUAUCGGUGAUAAACCUGUGUAUUCAACAAGAGUUGUACUCGCGACUUGUUCGCUUAUGGAAUGAAUGAUUCUCGAUCUAUAAAAGAAUUUUUAUGGAA